AUGGAGAAAUCUCGCCUGCGCGUGAUUAUAUGGAAUGAAUUCAAACGCGGAAAUACUGCGGCAGAAACCUUCAGAAUCAUAAACGAAAAUGAGGGUAAGAAUGUUGUGAGUUAUUCUACGGUGACCAGAUGGUUCGCAAAGUUUCGUGUGGACGAUGAGAAGCUUGAAGACAAACCACGUGCAGGAAGACCCAGCAAACUUGACAAAGAUGCCCUGAGGCGCAAGAUUGAAGAUGACCCACAUAUUACAAUCCGGGAGUUAGAAGAGUUACUAAACUGUGGAAAAAGUACCAUUGAUGAUCAUUUGAAGGCAAUGGGUAUGGUCAAAAACUUGGACAAAUGGGUGCCUCACAAUUUGACUGAUCUGGAAAAAGCCAAGAGACGGUGUGCUUCCGAAAAGCUUCUGCAACGCUGCAAAAACGGAGAAUUCUUGGAUCGAAUUGUAACUAUUGACGAGAAGUGGAUCUCGUUUAACAAUACUAGAAGAUCUACAAGUUGGUGUAAGCGUGGAGAAGCUCCUAAGCCCGUUCCGAAGCCAGAAUUGCACGAAAAGAAGCUUAUGGUGACUGUCUGGUGGUGUAGCUCUGGAGUGAUCCAGUACGAUUUCAUGAAACCUGGCCAAAGUAUUACGGCCGACACCUACUGUGCCCAGAUUGACAAACUGCGACACAAUCUUCCAACAAUGGUCAGAAGGAGGGGUCCGAUCAUUCUGCAGGAUAACGCACGGCCCCAUGCUGCAAAGAAGACCGUGGCAAAAUUCAGGGAACUGGGAUACGAAGUCUUGGAGCACCCUCCUUAUUCUCCAGACUUGGCUCCAACGGACUUUCACCUUUUUAAACACUUGUCUUCGUUUCUUAAUGGAAGAAUCUUCAAAACUCCGGACGAUGCCAAGAAUGCCUUCAAGAACUUCAUCAACUCCAGAAACCCGGAAUUCUACAAUCGUGGAAUAAAAAAGCUUGUAAAUCGUUGGCAAGACUGUAUUGAUUCAGACGGUAAUUACUUUGAUUGA